AUGCCCAGGCGAAGAGUUACACCGGCUGCCGAAGAAGUGCAGCAUGGUCCCCUUGACCAUGAUGACCAGGGGAGCGCCGAGCAGAUCAACCGAACAGAGUCCGCCGAUUCGUCGCCGGCGGAAAGCCGCGACCGUAAUCAAUCACAACGCGCCCGUCGAGGAUGCUCGGGAUGUAGCGAUGGAUUAAAGCGAGCUUGUGGCUGUGGCCGAUGUUACUGUUGCUCUCAUGCGGCACUCGACGACUUCAUGCAGCAGCGGUUGUCGACUUGGGAGCCGUUACUCACUCCAAGACGUAUUUUAUUUGCGCUUUUCGGCGUGGGUUUGCUUUUUGUGGUUGUGGGGCUCGUUAUACUCCUUGUGAACAGCGCCAUCGUCGAGUGUAGAGUGGACUACACGAAUAUGACGGGCGAUCUAGAGCUCAAGAUAGACGCUUCGACAUGCACAGACACUUCAAUCACGGAGAUUACAGGAGACGUGCUGCUCUACUACGAACUGUCCAAUUACUUUCAGAACCACCGGCACUUCAUGAAGUCCCGGUCUGACAAGCAGUUGGGAGGCAAGGUCUUCACCGCAGCUUCGGAAGUGAGCUCCGCGUGCGACCCGCGGGUGGAGGCGGCGGACGGCCGCGUGCUGCACCCCUGCGGACUCAGCGCUGCAGCAGUUUUCACUGACGAGUUCUCCGCCGUCGGCGAAGACAAGACUACGGAGAUAGAGCUGGACGAGUCGCGCGAGGCCAUUUGCUGGAACUUCGACCUUUCGAGUUUCAAAAAUCCGGCGGAGACGGAAAUGCAAAGCGCCGCCUCGCAGGUCAAGUUUUGGCUCUACGACCAGCACUACGUCGACGCGCUGCAUAUGGAGAAGGCCGGCGUGGGCUGGGGCGUGGAGAACUCGCACUUCAUCGUUUGGAUGAAAGACGCGCCGCUGCCGGUCUUCCGCAAGGCCUACGCGCGCUUCGUACAGCAGCCGCUGAAGCUGCCCUUUUACUUGAAGGUCACCAACAACUCCUACGACGUCAAGUCCUUCGGGGGGUCGAAGAGCGUGGUGGUGGGCCAGGCGACGUGGCUGGGGGGCCGGACUUCGUUUUUGGGGAUUGCGUACUUGGUGGUGGGCAGCGUUUGUCUGUUGUUUUUCGGAGUUUUGUUUUACUACCACCGGCGCAACCCGCGGCACUUGGGCGACGUCUCGUGGCUGCGCAGGGCCCUCUACGCGUAG